CUGUGUUGAAGGACAGAUCCUCCUCAGCUUGACGCCUUCAUCAUGGACAAAGCGCUGCUCGACUACGAGGUUUCCAUCGACGCCGACUGUAAACUGGCAACUGUCGGGAAACCGUUCGCAAUCGAAGGUUAUGGUAUCGGCCUCCCCCAGAACUCCCCCCUGACCUCCAACAUCUCCGAGUUCAUCAGCAGGUACAAGUCGGACGGAUACAUGGACCUGCUGCACGACAAGUGGUACAAGGUGGUUCCAUGUGGAAACCGAGUGUUCGCCGUCACCGAGACUCUUCAGAUGGGGAUCAGUCACUUCUCAGGUCUCUUCGUGUUGUUGUGCGUCGGCGUCAGUGGGGCUUUACUGACGCUCGCCGGCGAACACGGUUUCUUCAAGUUCAUCCUCCCGCACAUCCGCCGCCGACAAAACCUCAAAUACUGGCUGCACACGUCGCAGAAAAUCCAUCGAGCUCUGAACAUGACGUAUGAAGAUGUGAAGAAGAAGCAAGCGGAGAAAGAGAAAAGCUGUAACCUGCAGAAGUCCCAGCCCCCCCCGGGACCCCCUGCCCCGCCCCCUCCCGGGACAUCAGCCAAGUGGAACAACGAGACGGCGAAGGACGAAGCACUCGCUGCCACCAAGGAUGCCCGCGACUUCAAACGUGUCCACUUUAACCUGGAGACACUCAACACCCGCCGGCUGCUCGCCCGACUCGCCGCCUCUGAUGCUAAAGUGGGCGGGACCAAAGGCGAAGGGGAGCAGAAGGCGGGGCCAAAGGCGAGCAGACUCUGUGAGAACGGAGGUCCGGCGCCGUCCUUCGCCAGCUUGAUUCUGGCGUCCGCCGCCUCCUCCUCCUCGUCUUCUCUCCGCUCCAAGGCUUCGGCUCCUCCCCCUGCCAAAGCGGCCCCUCCCCCUGCUAAAGUAACUCCUACCUCUGCCGCGGCAGCCCCUCCUUCUACCGCUGUGACCACACCCCCUGUGGAGGUGGCUCCGCCCCGGCCUGGCGAGCUGGAGGAGCUGCAGGAACAGAUCGACCAAAUGAGAGAGCGGUUACGGACGGCUCUGGCGAGACGCGCCGAGAUCCAGACCACUCUGGCCAAACCCACUGCCACCACAGCGACCAGCAAGGACCCGCCUCCUUCAGCCUCCAUGACGACAACGACGACAACUGCGACCACGACGACGGCGACGAACACAGUGGCAGUGACAGUGACGACCACCGCCACAUCCCCGCCUACCGUCACCCCGGUAACGCCCCUCCCCGCAAACACAAAAUGCGUGACAACGAUGACGGACCCGCCCCACAAAGUCCUGUCCAAAGUCCGGCCCUUCCACAGCAGACUGACCAAUGAGAGGAGGUGAUGCUCUCUGGACCGGUCACAUGACCUUCUGCACAAGGCAGCCAUUUUGAACAGCCACGGUGGGAAAGUUUUUUACGCUCGGUUUAUCUCGUCUUAUUUGUCAUAGGACGUCGAUCAGUAGGUUUUUUUAUGGUAAGUAUUAGAGACAUGAUUGACAGGUGAUAUGAUUGACAGGUGACAUCUGGAGGAUCUGAUUAAAGCCAACGAAACAAGAAAAGAAGAAAAAAAAACUUGUAAUAUCGCAAGAAUAAGAUAAAGAGAAGCUGACUCAAACACAACAGCUGCUUUUAUUUGAUGAAUAUUCAUUUUUAAUUGUUUUAAUUUUGUCCGGUAGUAGUUUCACGCAGAUAGAACGGCGUCUUUAAGGUCAUAAUAUUGCGACUUUAACCUCUGGGUGUUUUUAUCGGACCGUCCUUUGUCGUUUUGUCGUCAUUAAAAUACUCAGGUUCGAUCUUCAGUUUCCCACUCCGACCGUUCAAAAAAGCUGCCGAGACUCAGAGGCUGAUGUGGGCGUGGCUGAUGUGGGCGUGGCUUUAGACGGUGAGCAGGAAUCGGACUUCCUCUGGCAGCAAUGACGGACGUCAGCGGAGACUCCGCCCACAUCAGCGGAGUGAUCCCAUUGGACGAUUCAGACUCCGCCCACGCCUGACGUCGAACUAACGCCAAACAGGAAAUGAACUGGACAGGAUGAUUGACAGCUGCUCCCUCCCAACGUUACUGUGUUUUUAUCAGGUGUGUGAGUUCUCGUGUCGGUGUGACCUUUGACCUUUCUUCGGGUGGGGGGGUGUUCAGUAGCGCCCCCUGCUGUUUGUACUGAUGAGUGUUUGUAUCCCUGUUCACAUUCACACUCAGUUUUUAAAGUUUUCUUUUACCUGUUUUUACCCGUUUCCUCCACAGUCACAUGUUCAGGAUGCAUUAGCUUAGCUUAGCUUAGCAACAACAUUAGCUUCACUUUAGCAAUAAAACAGCUAGCGUACCUGACACCUGCGACGUUAGCUCCUGUAGCGUCGGUGGCAGGUUCGCGGUGGAUCGGACCGACCAGAACCGGUCUACGGAAGAACAGCUGGACCACGGUCCAACUGAGCAUGUGCAGGAUGGAGUCCGACUGAGCAUGUUCAGGAUGGAGUCCGACUGAGCAUGUGCAGGACGGAAGUAACCGACGAGUUCCACCAAACGCUGAAAUACUGACGUUUUAACGGAUAAAUUUCAGUCCCUGGUCCUGAAAUGUUGUGUUUUAUUAUCGAUUAUGCUGGGAUUGUGAACUACAAGAUUUAUAUUUUGGAUUUUAAACUGCCAUAAAAUUAUGAAAGAUCAA